UAAGACAGGAAGUCAGUAUCAUUCGAAUGAGCUUGUAGAAGUGGAUAACUAAACUGGCGAUUACGGAAAUAGCUUCUUAGCCUGAAUCAAAUAAAUAAAGGAUUAAUUUAGAGUUGCCAUCCGUGUGAGCCUAUAAUAUUGAUUCACAAUGUCCAGACAAUCCAACCGAACAACAGACAGCAAGAAGAUGAACUCUGAGCUGUUCACACUGACUUAUGGGGCCCUGGUCACCCAGCUUUGUAAAGACUACGAGAACGAUGAGGAAGUCAAUAAACAGCUGGACAAGAUGGGUUAUAACAUUGGUGUGCGUCUCAUUGAGGACUUCCUGGCACGCUCCAGCAUUGGCAGGUGUCAGGAUUUUCGAGAAACAGCCGAUGUUAUUGCUAAGGUUGCAUUUAAGAUGUACUUGGGAGUCACCCCCAGUGUGACCAACUGGAGCCCAGCAGGAGAUGAAUUCUCCCUCAUUCUAGAGAACAACCCACUCGUAGACUUUGUGGAGCUACCGGAUAACCACAGCACACUCAUCUAUUCCAAUCUGCUGUGCGGGGUCCUCAGAGGAGCCCUGGAGAUGGUCCAGAUGGCGGUGGAUGUGAGAUUUGCCCAGGACACAUUGAGAGGGGACAAUGUGACAGAAAUUCGCAUGAAGUUCAUCAAGAGGAUUGAAGAAAAUCUCCCAGCAGGAGAUGAGUAAUGGACAUGAAGGAGACAUUAUGCAAGACGUUUUUCAAUUAACACCUUCAUUUACAGACAAAGAUGAAUCAGCUGGACUGUACCUUACAUUUCAAUAGCCCAUUGUCUGUGAGUUGAAAGACUUAAGUCUGGAUUUUUCACUUCUGUCUGUGUUGGUAGAGGAAGAUUGCUUGGAGUUAAAAAAGACUAUUGUGAUUCACCCUAGAGCAAACAAACACUGUACACACUUCCAACACAAAAGGUCACGACCCUGCCACCUUGAACAUCUUUCCUCGGCAAUAAUCAGCUGUCCAGUGUGACGGUUUCUGCCUAAUAAUAGUUGUUACUAUUGGGGGUGAAGGAAUGCCUUCAAUGUUUCAUCACCCUGCUCACUGUUAAGGUUUCUGUCCUGUUAAUUGAAAGAAUGAUUCAUUUUCAUACCUGGUUGAUUUUGUUAUUUGGGAAAGCCCCAGAUUGUAAUUUUUUGCUUUUUUUUAAAUUUUAUUAGCUGCCAGUUGUCUGGCAUAAUACAGUAAUUUAUGUAAAUAUGUUGUCAAAUAAAUAUAGCAUAAUUGAUAUGAUGCUUUCCUCAUGUGUUUGUGAGAGUGAAAGGACUUCAUACUCGGACCAUGCCUGCUGAGGGACCUGGAAACAUUGACUACUCGCACAUAAAUUCGUGUACUGUGUCCUCCAUACCACCUUUGUCAGUUCUGCUACAGUGUACUGUGUGCACACAGGCAAACUGUAACAGACCUAAUGCCACUCUUAUGUUUGUUUGGGAUGCAUGGAAAUGACCUUUGUGUUAGUGGUUGUGUGUGCAGACAAGGAAAGCCUGAAAGUCAGCAGUGCUUGCUGACCUGACCUGAAACAAUGUGUGUUUCAGGUCAGGUCAGCACUGGUACACACCUGUGAAUGGCUUUACAUCACCCAGAAUUAAGUAACAGACCUUCUCUGCGUGCCUCAUCGGUAACUGAAACGGCCAUUUGACUUUUCACACACACAGAAACAAAUCAACCCUGGUCUUGUUUUAGAAGCAAAAAAUUUUGUCUGAUACUUCAGAAAAUAUUGCUCAUGUUAUUCAUGUUUUUCUUCGUCUUUGUUUCUUCUAAUAUUGUAUAACAGAACAACAACACUAGUACUAAACUCAUAAGUCUUCUGAACCAACUUGGAAGAUGAAUUUCUGAGAUAGGGAUUUCCUUUAGGAGAAAUCUGUCAACUAUUAGCUGCUGGAAACCUUCAGGCUCUACAGUACACAUUAUAUGUUAUAGCCCAUUUCUGGUUAUAGUUUUGUGUUCAUGCGCUUGUAGUUCUGUUCAGCAAAUAGCCACCAGAGGUUGCUGUUGACAUUAUGUUCCUCAUCCACAGGCAGUAUUGUUCCUC